AGAAGUCCUUCUAUUUUUAGCAGCUUCGUAGAAAAACAACCACAGUCUGCAUAGAGAGAGAGAGAGAGCGAUAGAAAGAGAGAGAGAGACAGAGAGAGAUAGAGAGAGAGAGAGACGGGUCUAGCAGGUGUCAUCGUCUCUUCCUCGUUUUAAUCGAAAAAUCUCCAAUUUUUGCAUUUCGCCCGUGAUGGAGGACAAGGAUGAAGAAGGAGGAGGAGGAGGAGGAGGAGGAGGAUACCACCGGGCGGCCAAACGGCUGCGGACGGAGGAGAAGAGCGGCGUGAGGGAGCUGGAGGACGGAGAGGAGGAUGAGGAUGAGGAGGAGGAGGAGGAGGAGGAGGAGGACUCGGCCAGUGAGGAGGCGGCGGGGAGCGGACGCACCGAGGGCAGGAACCGGAGGAGCGCGGGGAAGGAAGGCGUGAAGGAGAGCCACCGCAUCCCUCCAUCUCCGGUCGUCCACGUCCGGGGGCUGUGUGACGCCGUGGUGGAGGCCGACCUAGUGGAGGCACUUGACAAGUUUGGCAGCAUCUGCUAUGUGAUGAUGAUGCCCUUCAAGCGUCAAGCCCUGGUGGAGUUCGACAGCGUGGAGAGCGCCGAGCGCUGCGUCACGCGCGGAGCCCACGAGGCCGUCUACAUCGCCGAGCAGCAGGCCUUCUUCAACUUCUCCACCAGCCAGAGGAUCACCAGGCCGACCAACGCAGACGACCCCACCAGCAAAAACAAGGUCCUGCUGCUGUCCAUCCAGAAUCCGCUCUACCCCAUCACCACCGACGUGUUGUACACAGUCUGUAACCCCGUGGGGAACGUCCUGCGCAUCGUCAUCUUCAAACGCAACGGCAUCCAGGCCAUGGUGGAAUAUCCUGACCGCGUCUUGUUAACGUUUGAGUCCGUGGAGGACGCUCAGAAGGCCAAACUGGCUCUGAACGGUGCCGAUAUUUACUCUGGCUGCUGCACACUUAAGAUCGAGUAUGCUCGGCCCAACAGACUGAACGUCGUCCGCAACGACAACACCAGCUGGGAUUACACCAAACCCUUCCUCCUGCACCGAGAACGGGGCAAGGGAAGGCAGCGUCAAGCCAUCUUAGGAGAGCAUCCGUCCAAUGGCUAUGGUCCACACUGCCCCCUGCUGCCUCUGCCUGCUAACAGCAGGUACAGGAGGAUGGGGGAGCAGGUCCAGGACAUGGUCUCCUACCCACCUCUCCUACCAAAGACCUUUCCGUCCACUUCUUCUUCCUCCCUUCUGGGCUCCAGUUCGGUCGCUAUGGUGAGCGGCUUACAUCCCACCAAGAUGAACUGCUGUCGGAUCUUCAAUCUCUUUUGUCUCUAUGGCAAUGUGGAGAAGGUUAAGUUCAUGAAGAGUGUUCCUGGCACAGCCUUGGUGGAAAUGGGCGAUGAGUAUGCCGUGGACCGAGCCGUGACUCACCUCAACAGCAUCAAAGUGUUCGGCAAGAAACUCAACGUCUGCGUGUCCAAGCAGCAGGCGGUCAUCCCCAGCCAGGUGUUUGAGCUGGCCGACGGCAGCAGCAGCUACCAGGACUUCAGCCUGACCCGAAACAACCGCUUCAGCAGCGCGCACAGCAGCCGGAACAUCAUCCAGCCCCCGGCGGCCGUGCUGCACUUCUACAACGCGCCGCCCACCCUCAGCCAACACCAGCUGCUCAAGGUGGGCUCCCCCCCCGCCCCGGGGAGUCCCUCUUUACUUUGCUCUGAACACAACGUUCCCAGCUUCACCAAGUUCAAGGUCUUUGACGCCAAACCUAGCUCAAAGACACUUUCCGGACUGUUGGAGUUCGAAAACAAAACCGAAGCAGUCGAGGCUCUGACCGUCCUGAACCACCAUCAGAUCAGAAUACCCAGCAGCUCCAACCCCUUCACCCUGAAGCUCUGCUUCUCCACUUCUUCCCAUUUGUGAUCCAGCGAUAAGACGGCUACGGCGCAGACAAAGAUCCUCCUGGAAAAACAGCACGGGAGCCCAUUUCUUCAUUCUGAAAACGGCAGGAAGGCUAUCGAGUGGGGGGAAAAAAAAUUGCAUGGUUUUUGAAGAGGCAGUAUGACCAAAAGAAGCAAUAGGAUGGCAUUGCAGUAAAAUGGCAACUUAAUGGGGUUUUCUGUCCGAAUUUGUUCCUUUAGAUUUACAUUUUAUAGCACAACCUGUUGUAGACAGCGUGAGAUACUUCUAACUGUUAAAAAUAUGUAAGGGUUCUAAUCAGUUCGUACAUGUAAAUGUGGAUCAGAGGAAUGCUGAUGGGGAGCUACUCGAUAAUUAUAUUUAUGAGACGGUGUUUUAAAUGCAGCCCUGGGGCAGCAGAGUAUCGGCCGAGGUGUUCAAAGUGACAAACAGAGCUAAUGAUAUGGAAAAAAAAUAAAAGGCAUAAUCAAACCAAUUAUUUCACGGUGGUCACAUUUAAAAGCACAAAUAGACGCAUCCACACCCCCAAACACUGAUACUAUAAAAAAAAAAUCCAGAUAAAUCUAAAUAAAUGUGGAGUAUGUUUCUACAGAAGCAUCCACCUCCACAUGUAAAACUAUUUUGGUAUGCUUCAUUACAAGGUUUGGUAGCUUUGUAAAUACUGGGAUUGAAAACAUGUUUUAACAUAUUAAACAGGAAUAAUUAAGUAAAAUAGAAUUAAAAAGAAUUAGUUUCCCUUAUUAAACAUGUAAGAUUGGAUUUUUGAUCGACAGAGUGAAAUAUAACUUGUUAAAUUGAAGAAAUAUCAAUAGAGAGGCUUCCCUGGAUAUUUAGAUUAAGACUGAGAAAGGAAGGAAUAAAUGGUUUGUUGCUUUGACACCACAGAUGUUACAAUGAAUAAAGAUGACAUUCUGUAUAUACUGUAGUCUUAUUUAGUUUAUUUAUAUUAGUUUGUCAAACAUCAUAAGCAGUUGCUUCUUCCUGAGAUGUAUGGGAUGAAAGAGGAGUGCCAAAAAAAUGAGGAGACAUAAGAAAAUGUGAAAAUUUGAAGGAAUUUGAAUAAAGUAAUGAAUUAAUUAUGGAAUAUUGUAUUGCUCAUUUACAUAUUGUACUGAAUUUAUUCAUGUUGUUUAAUUUUUCUGUAUUUCCUCAUAUUUAUUUUUGGAUUGGGUUUUAUUUUUUUAUUACACUGCAGUUGUAGUUAAGUAUUAGUUUAGUUGAGUUUGUGACUGCUGUAGCUUUUAUGAGCCGGUUUUUCAUUUUCCUCUCUCUGCAUUGCUUUUGCUUACUUUCUUUGCUACUUCUAAAAAAUAGUGUGUGUGGAACUAAUCAUUAAACUACUCCUUCUACAAAACCAACACAAAUCAAUUUUUAUCUCCACAUGAGAAAUACCAAGAUCUAGACGGCGUAUACAACGAGACACGAUGUUUGGCAGUGGUAGCGGUCCUUUAGGAACAGGAUUAGCUUCCCUCUUGUGUGCAGCCUCACUUUCAUAGGAGUCAACCUCUAAGCAAAUGCUUCUUCGAGCAUGUUUUGAAUUGACACAAUUGCGUAACAUCGUCCACUAUUGCCAGUGUCAGACUGACUGCAUGGGAAUUUAAAUGAUAGGUAUAUCCUAUCGGUUAGUUUUGCUGAUUUACAAGCUUGAGUUAGCCCGUUGAUAACCAAAUUAUGCUGUCAGUGUCUAAGAAGGGAAAACUUUUGAUAUAACGAUGGCUGACCUAAUGGCAAAAGCAAGGGAGAAAAGCAGUAAAAAUAAAUUGAUAAAAAGGGAAAAGCAAUACAGAAAAGGUAAAGGAAAGACUACUUGAAAAUGGCUAAAGUAAUAAUGAUAUAGCAAAAACAAUGUGGAAAAAAAUGACAAUCGUUUAUUUUAUAUCUCCAUUUCAUUUUCAUAAUCCAACAUUUAUUGACUUUCAUUCAUUUCUCUUUACAAGUCCCCCAUUAUUUGCUCACGCUAUUACAUAUUCAUCAUUUUUUUUUAUUGCACUUCAAUAACUCCUUUGAACAUUUCAUUAGAAUGCACAGUUGUGAUUCCACUGUUCCCCAUCAUUUUCCUUUGACUCCACCAUAGCGGCUUUUAUGUACAAGCAGGAAGCUGUGACUAUUUUGUUGGUAAAACACUGAUUUAUAUAGAUGCGUUUCAUUUUAAAUUGCUGCAUUAUGUGUGACCUCUUUUCUUUUCAUGGGUGACGUCUGAGAAGAAAAUUAUGAUGUAGUUUUCCUCAAAAUGAACAGUUUUAUUAAAAUGAAUAUCUACAUUGUGUCAAAAAUAAAGAGUUAGUCAA